AUGGCUGAUAUUCCUGAUAAAGAACUCCAUUGUUGCGCAAAAAGGACGAAGGUUACAGGCAGCGGGAACUACCUAAAAUCCUGUAGUACAAGUAGUAGCACUAACAGCAGCAGUAUCAGUUUAGCAGAAAUUAUAGCCAGCACGGAAGAACUCCUUACAGAAAUCCUACUGCGGGUGCCAGCUCGAACUCUGGUCCGCUUCAAAUGUGUUUCCAAGCAUUGGCUCUCUCUUAUAUCUGACCCCAAAUUCUGUCACCGCCACACCAUUUGGAACCAAAACUCCUCCGUCUCUGCAGUCUUUGGUGACAGAUCCACAGACUUUUUUUCCAUCACUUUUCCUCAUGAUCAUGACCAUAACCAUAACCCCGGAUCAUCGCGCUGCAAUCCUCUUAAUUUUGUUCAAAACCAAAAUGAUUGCAUCGAGAUUAUCCACUCCUGCAAUGGCCUCUUCUUGUGCCAUCCCAUCAAUGCUACAAGUACUAGUAGAACCCCAUAUUUUGUUCUCAAUCCCACAACCAACCAGUUCUUGACACUUACAAUUCCCCCAGCUGCUGCUGCUAGUUCUAAUGGUCAACAGAUACAAACCCAUAUUAUUGGUUGUGCUCUGGCUUUUGACCCUUCCAAAUCACCUCAUUACAAGGUUAUAUGCCUUGAGACCACUACUGGUCAUAAAUAUUGCCCAUACUACCAAAUACAAAUAUAUUCGUCUGAGACUCGAAGUUGGAGGCUUCUCAAUUCUACUUUUAUAAGGCAAGAUCAAACUCUCUAUGAACAGGGGGUAUAUUGGAACGGCGCAAUUCCUUGGAUAGGCCUGGUUUGUGAGAUGUCAUACUAUCAAGUAGAUGAAGAGCUUGUCGGAUUGGUUGAUAGUCCUCCUCAUUGUUACGAGAAGAAAUGGUACCAUAGGAUGUAUAGAUAUUUUAAGGAGUCUACUGGCGGCCAUUUGCAUCUUAUUGAUAUUUAUUCUCCUUGUCCUACUAAAUUUGAAGUAUUGGAGAUGGGGAGAGAUUACUCUGGCUGGUUUGUCAAGUACCAUGUUGAUCUAGAUCCCUUAUGCACCGCUUACCCAUGCUUCCUAACAGUUCGUUGUUCUGUUCCUUGCUCAAGACGAAAAUGA